CGUCUAACGGACGGCUAUGUAGGACUGGGGAGGUUCAGAGUCAGAAUCAGCUUUUUUGGCCAAGUAUGUUUACGCAUACAAGGAAUUUGAAUCCGGUUUAGUGGCUCUCAAUGUGCUUACACACAACUAUUAUCUCCAGAAAGAUACACAACAUAAACAUAUCACUAUUAUGUACAAGCAAGUGGGUGAAAAAAUAGAUAAAUAUAGAAUCAACAAGUGGAAAACAACAUAUAAUAUCUAUAUACAGCUAAAACUGUUUCUGUAAACAAAAUUCAAAUAGUGCAAAGGAGUACUGAAAUAAAUUUUGAAUGGUUAAAAAAGGUGUCUAUGUUCAGUAUAUACAGCCUGCUCAAAUAUAUAGUAAUGAAUGAUAUGUAUACAUAUUAUUGCAAGUUAGUAUAUCUUUCUUAAUGAUGACCAAGUUGCCAAGAUGUGGAGUAUGGAGUAUGAAAUCCUUACUAACAACAGACUAUGAAGAGCUAUUCAAUCAUAAUAAUGAUUUUAGCCUUUUAGGAUAUAUGUAAUUAACAGUUUUUAACUAAUAAAAUAAAAAUAAAUAAGAAACAUACAGCAUAUUUUAAAAAAGUACAAUUUAUGUAUUAUCAUAUUCCAUCAGCAGAUAUUUUAGGGGAUUUUAAGAGCUGACAGAGUUGAAAAUUUGGCUCAGCCCUCACAGGAAUAUAUAUAUUUAUUUAUUUAUGUAUUGGAAAGCAUCACCUAAAUAGGAGAGACACCCAACAGCAGAAACAUAAUUACAUAAUAUGAAAUCUGUGUGAAAGGUGAAAAUAAUGUGUGCUCAUGUACAGAGUAGGCUAUUAAUUUCCUUGUGUGGAAUCAAUAAAGUUUAAUCAUAUUUUAAACAAAUCAAUGGCCAAUAUUGUACAAAAUAUAAUUAUAAUAGAUUUGUUUACAGAUGCACUAUGUAGGAUUUGGUCAGAAUUUCAGUUUAAAUAUAAAAAUGAAUAAAUAAAUACAUUUAAAAAUAUUUGUUAAUUUUAUUUGGGCUAUUUGUUCGGAGCAGGUGGCCAAAUCUUACAUUUUGUGCUUUUAAUGUACCCUAGUUUGUCCAGUUUUGUAGUUACACUUUUCACUGUAAUAGGCUAUACACUUCUUCUACUUCCAGUUAGUCCUACUAGCAAUUGAAGGGACAAAAGUAAACAAUAUUUAGUCAUCUAAGCACUGACAAAAAGAAGACCCUGGUACUUUCUGCAGAGUUUAUGUGUCAUUCCUGUAUUUUCACAAGUUUCAGCCACAUGCUACAGUUUACUUCCACAAACUGAAGACUGAAAAACUGCCCGUAGGCAUGAAUAUGUCUAAAUCUCUCUGAGAUUAAAAAAACAAAAAUGAAAACACAACUAAGUGCAAAAACUCACAGCAUCACACACUGAAACACUGACUUUUACAGUUACAGUCACACACUUGCACAUUAUAGUUGACAAAAGCCCAAAGCUCCAGUAGUCGAAUGUGAGUCACGUCUGAUUCAUAUUCUUCGUGUCAUAUAAAUUUUUCCAUUGUUGAACUUUCCACACAUUGUGCUCGUUGGCACUCUCUGUAUCAAUCUUAUCAACCUAUCUUUUAGAAAUUCCAGUUUAAGCUUGGCAGAUGAGGAAUUCAUUUCUUUCUUUUUUUAACUCACAUAAUGUACUUAUUAUCUCAUAGAUGUAUAAACUUCAGGGAGUAGAUUUAGACUUUUUACAAACAGCUGCAAGUACAGUGUAUCACCUAUACUAAAGCUAUAAGUGAAGUGAAGUCACACCAUCAGAAAAAGAGCGGGGGUGAAAGCCACGCUAAGUUUCCUCUGCAUUGGCUGUUAGACCACUUCCGAUGAUGUAACAAAAAUUUAGUUGUUACACUUUAUCUAAAACCUUCUGAUGUGAUACAGAGUCUCUGAUCUUUGCUCUGAUGAUCAGAUAUAGCGUAUCAACGGAGGGGACGUGUCUACUAGUUUCAGUUAUGUCUUUAUAUUUUCAGUGAUAAAACUGUCACUACCACGAUGCAAAAAGGAUUUAUUUUUCUCCUGAUUAUUUGUAACUCAGCCGCUUUUACCUCAGGAAACAACACACAUCACCUUCGGUUCUUGUUGGGAUGUUCAGCUUUGAUACCUUGUCAACAUAAGAGAGGUGAUUCAAACUUAUUCAAAUGGUUUUACAAGAAAGAUGAAAAUGGUAAAGAAAUCCAGAUAUUUUCUGAAGGAAAGGGAGGAGUACAUCUCCAACAGGACAGCAUGCGGGACAAAAUGACUGUUGCGGCCAACGGUUCCUUGGUCAUUAAUUCUAUUACAGAGGAUAAUCAAGGCCUGUACUGUUGUGAAGUUCGUUAUGACAGCUGCAAGUAUACAGUCGUCAGUGUGGAGAAAGAAAUCAUUAAUGAAAUUUAUAAGACAUUCUACGUUACUGCAGGCAGCAGUUUUAUGCAUGAAUGUCCAGGUGAAGUUAAAAAAUGGACUUUUAAAGCAAGCAACACAACCAAUCUCAAGAACUCAUUACGAGGACCGGAGACAGAAUUUGUGACUUCAAACAAGACUAUACACAUUGUAAAUGUCAAAAGAGCAGAAGCUGGGAAAUAUACCUGCUGGACGAGUAAAUGUGAUGGACACACACAGAAGCUACUUACUAUCAACUUGUGUGUAAUCACAGAUCCAAACGGGUUUUUAAAUUGCAAUGUAAAGCAGAUGUUGGAUGGAUACAGUACAGUUAACAGCACCCAUGAGCCAUCAAUCGCUUCAAACAAAACAACAGGUACUCAUACGGAGCCUGAAUAUCUGACGCCAGCUAUUUACGGAUCAUCAGCAGGCAUUGCAUGUCUUAUUUUAGUGGCACUUUUAAUUUGCUGCCUCAGACGAAAAUUGCAAGCAGAUUUAUCUGUUUCUUCUCCUGGUUGUGGCAUGGGUAACAGGGUGCAAGAGGAGACUUCAGUGGUUUAUUCAUCAAUUGUCAUCAGAAGACCUGCAAAGACAGCAAACAAUCAAAUGACUUACAGUGAUUGUGUGUAUAGUGAAAUAAAUGUGUAAAGAAAAGGUCCUGCCAUAUGAUUAAGUAGUUGAUCACUCUAAGAAUAACCUGUGUUUCAUGUAAAAAAAAAAAAAAAAAAAAGUUUGUGAUGUCACCCAUGUGGAUCUGAAGGUAAAGUUUGAAAUAUUUGGCUGUUUUUGAUUAGGAAGUUUCUUAAUGAAGUGACCCAUAAGUGUGCAAGCAGCAGCCACUUUUUCUUUACCCUUUCAAGCAUGGGAACAUCCUUUUGAUUUUUUUCUGACAUUUUUGGGGUUCUUGCACUUUGAGUUUUUGCAAUGCUGGCCUAUUUUCUAUUUGAACUACAUUUCAGGGGGAAAUGUUGUACUUUUUACUCCACUAUGUUUAUUUGACAGCUGGUUACUAGUUAUUUUGCAGAUCAAACAUAGUUUUAACUACUCAACUGUGUGUAAAAAGUUAGAAUUAGCUGCACCUAAACCAACUACAACAUUAAAAUGCUGCUUAUGCACAGUGGUGGAAAGUAACUAUGUACUUUUUGAGGUGCUUUACUUGAAUAUUUCCACUUUAUGUUACUAUAUACUUCUACUCCACUAAAUUUUAUAAGGAAAUAUUAGGCUAUACUUUUAUACCAAUACAUUUACUUGAUGAAGUGGAGUUAAAAUCAUUUUGCAGAUUCAGAUUUUACAUACAAAACAUAUAAGUAGCUUAUAAAAUAAGAUUGUUCUUAUAGAUUUAACAAUGCAAGAGUAUAUGAAGUAGUUAAAACCAGCCCCAUCUUGACCUUGCUUGCAUGUUGAUCAGUAUGCAACAAAAAUAAAGAAAAUAAUAUACAAGUUUAAGUUUAAAUAUCAGUUUAACAGUACGAAGAGUAUUUAUGCAUUUUUACUUAAGUAAGAUUUUGA